AAACGUAUCACAAUUUCCGUAGCGCUCAAAAAUCAAGAAACGUAUAUAAAUAAAUCUAGCUCGAAUUUGAAUAAUUUCAGUAAAAGGAUCAAGGAUUCAAUUCCAGAUCUGAAUUUCAAUAGUGUGUUUUGGUUAAACAGUAUUAAUCAUGUCGCAAUACGCGCCCUUCAUCAAGCCCUACAUUGAAUACAACCAGUUCGGCUGGGGACCCUGCGAUAUGCCAGACAUGGAGGUGCCCUAUCAGCCAUUCUGCAAGAGCGAUCGCCUGGGCAAGAUCAGCGAUUGGAUGAUGCCCGUGCAGGAGAAGAAGUACGCCAACAAAUAUGCCUCGACGUUUGGCAGCAACAACAGCCAGUACGCCUACUUCCAUGAGGACGACGAUGCCACCUUUCACCUGGUCGACGGCGGCAAUCCGCGCUCGCUCAAGCCUUAUCAACGCAAUCGCUAUCGUCCCAAUCAGCGUAACAAUGUGCGUGUCCACGGUCGCAAUGUGCGUGGCAAUGCGGCCAUAGGUGGAGGUCAGGGUGGUGCCGGAGGUGCCGGUGGAGCAGGGGCGGGCAACAAGUAUGGCAAGGGACGGGACAUGCGACGGGGCAACAUGGGUCGCCGCUUUAUGCGCAAUGCGCCAGUGCGUCUGCGCGAAAGCUCUGUGGUGGUGCGGUCCGACUGGGUUUCCAUAGAGGAGAUUGACUUUCCUCGCUUGCUCAAGCUGUCGCUGCCCAAUAUAAAGGACGGUGUGGAUGUGGUCACCUGCGGUACGCUGGAGUACUAUGAUAAGCAAUGCGAUCGCAUUAAUGUUAAGAACGAGCGGCCGCUGCAGAAGAUCGAUCGCAUCAUCAAUGUGCCGGGCACUAUAGACGAUCCCAUCAUACGCCGUCUUUCGAAGAGCAUGGGCAAUGUCUUUGCAACAGAUGAUAUAAUUGCCACGCUGAUGUGUUGCACACGCUCCAACUACUCCUGGGACAUUGUCAUCGAGAAGCUGGGCACCAAGGUGUUUCUGGACAAGCGCGAUAAUGCCCAAUUCGAUUUGCUGACGGUCAAUGAGACGGCACUGGAGCCGCCGCAGGAUGAGGAAGGCUCCAUCAAUUCGCCGCAGAGCCUGUCAUUGGAGGCCACUUUGAUCAAUCACAAUUUCAGUCAGCAGGUACUCAAGAUUGGCGAACAGGAGCCGAAGCACAAGUUCGAUGAGCCCAAUCCCUUCGAGGAGCCCGGCGUGGAGCUCGCCUCCGUUGCUUAUCGCUACAAGCAAUGGCAACUGGGCGACGAUGUGGUUCUAAUAGCGCGCUGCAAACACAACGGCGUCAUUAAAUCGCCCGCCGGCGAGUUGCAGUUCCUCUCCAUCAAGGCGCUCAACGAGUGGGACUCGAAGGCGGCCAACAGCGUCGAGUGGCGCCAGAAGCUGGACAGCCAACGCGGGGCUGUGCUCGCCUCCGAGCUGCGCAACAAUGCCUGCAAGCUGGCCAAGUGGACCGUGGAGGCGGUGCUCGCCGGUUCCGAUCAGCUCAAGCUGGGCUAUGUCUCGCGUGUGAAUCGCAAGGAUCAUCUGCGUCAUGUCAUCCUGGGCAUGCAGCAGUUCAAGCCACAAGAAUUUGCCACUCAAAUCAAUCUGAAUAUGGAUAAUGCUUGGGGCGUGCUGCGUUGCCUGGUUGACAUUGUGCUUAAGCAGCCGGAUGGCAAGUAUCUGAUCAUGAAGGAUCCAAACAAGCCCAUGAUACGUCUCUACGAUAUUCCUGACAACGCAUUCGACUCGGAGGGCAACGACGACGAGGAGACCAGCGAUGACAGACCGUUCCUCAAGUCUUUGGGUAAUUAGAUUCACAUUUAAUUAGCAUUUGUUUCCUUUUCAAUUAUGUAUAUCCAAGUUGUUUUUGUGUGUUCAACUAAAAAUUAAAUGAUCUGU